AUGUCAGGAUUAGAACAAGCCCAGUUCCAACUUAAAUUCACAGCAAAACAGCUCACAAGGCAAGCUAUGCGUACAGAAAAGGAAAUGAAGGCUGAAGAACGUAAAGUUAAAAAGGCUAUUCAACAAGGAAAUAGUGAUAUUGCAAGACUUUAUGCCCAAAAUGCAAUCCGUAAACGAUCAGAACGUCUUAAUCUACUACAACUGGCUUCUCGUGUUGAUUCAGUCGCAUCUAGAGUCCAAACUGCUGUAACUAUGCGUCAAGUAACUGGUAAUAUGGCUGGUAUUGUACGUGGUAUGGAUAAAGCUCUUGAAAGUAUGAAUACUGAACGUAUCUCUCUUGUCAUGGAUAAGUUUGAAUCCCAGUUUGAAGACCUUGAUGCAACAACUUCAUAUUAUGAAAAUGCAACAAAUAAUGCUUCUGCAUUAACUACUCCUCAAGAUGAAGUCGAUCUUCUCAUGCAAAAAGUUGCUGAUGAAGCUGGCCUUGAGCUUCAACAAGAUUUGGAAUCAAAUGUCCCCACAAAAACAACAAAACUCGACAAUCAAGAACAGGUCGAAGAUCGUCUUAAUGAAAGACUAAAAGCUCUACGGUCUUGA